AUGAAUCCUCAUUUUAUAACUGCUUCAAUGUUAAUGAAUCCCGAAAAUUGCAACUCAAUAAUUAAAAGAAUCCUUGACACGUACUAUGUUUGUAAAUCAUAUGAUGUGGGACACAUUGCCACAUCUAUUUAUUCACAAUUAUCUGGUAUCCUUAAAGAUUCUCCGAAGCUUUUUAGGUGGAAGAAAGUAAAUCUGUAG